AUGUCGUCUACCGAGACCAUGCGAGCUGGACCAUUCAAGGUCAAGGUCGAAGAUGUUCCUAUACCCACAAUCGAAUCUCCCAACGAUGUCAUCGUCAAGGUCACAACUGCAGCCAUCUGUGGUUCCGAUCUCCACAUGUAUGAAGGUCGCACUGGUGCACAAGCUGGCAUUACGUUUGGCCAUGAGAACAUGGGAGUUGUGGAAACAGUUGGAGAGGGUGUAACUCUCCUCUCCAAAGGUGAUCGUGUUGUUAUGCCUUUCAAUGUUGCGGAUGGACGCUGCACGAAUUGCUUCAAGGGCAAAACAGCAUUCUGUACAGGUGUUAAUCCUGGGUUUGCUGGUGGUGCUUAUGGUUAUGUGGCAAUGGGUCCAUAUCGAGGUGGUCAAGCACAAUACAUCCGGGUCCCCUUUGCCGAUUUCAAUGCGCUAAAGCUUCCUCCUGGUACUGAGAACGAAGCCGACUUUAUACUCCUAGCAGACAUCUUCCCCACUGGAUGGCAUGGUGUUUCCUUGAGCGGGUUCCAGCCUGGUGAGACUAUUGCUGUCUGGGGUGCGGGUCCAGUUGGUUUAAUGGCCGCUUACAGUUCGGUCCUGAGAGGAGCAAGCAAAGUCUUUGUUGUGGAUCGUGUACCUGAAAGACUGGCAGCGGCUGAGAAGAUAGGAGCAAUCCCCAUUGACUUUUCCAAGGGUUCAGCUGUGGAUCAGAUUUUGGAGAAGAAUGGCGGCAUGGUUGACAGAACUGUGGAUGCAGUUGGAUACCAAGCUGUUGACACUGGAGGCAAGACUGAGCAGCCAAACAUUGUCCUUGAGGACAUGAUCAAAGCUACCAGACCCUGUGGGGGUCUCGGUAUUCCAGGUCUUUAUGUCCCUACCGACCCAGGUGCUCCAGAUGAGAAUAGUGCAAAGGGUCGCAUCAGCUUGAGUUUUGGAAAGCUCUUCGAAAAGGGGCUCUCACUUGCCACUGGACAGUGCAACGUGAAGCAGUAUAACGUGCAAUUGCGGGAUCUCAUCAUCGCCGGCAAAGCAAAACCAUCAUUCGUUGUGAGCCACGAAAUUGGCAUUGAAGACGCCGAAGUUGCCUAUGAUAAGUUCGACAAGAGAAUAGAGGGAUACACCAAAGUUUUAAUCCAUCCCAAUGGGCCUUUGUGA